AUGAUGAUUCAGUUGGAAGGAACAACGCUUGCGAUAGAUACCGAGCUCGAUUGCUAUGAUCCUUUGGAUCCUAAUGGAAAUGUUACAAUCACUUUUGACAUACUCAAAUAUACACUUGAUGGCUACUUGGCGAGAGUGACCAUCCAGAACUACUACCAGUAUCGGCAUGUAGACAAACCGGGUUGGAAACUAGGGUGGACAUGGGCCAAAAAUGAGAUUAUCUGGUCAAUGUCAGGUGCUUUUGCCAUCCAACAGGGAAAUUGUUCGUCCUACAAAUAUCAGGCACCACAUUGUUGCAAGCCGGAUCCUGUGAUAGUUGAUCUUAUGCCAGAUGCAAAUCCACAAAACAGAUCUGAUGGAUGCUGCCAUGGUGGCAUCCUUUCUGCCUGGGCAAUUGACCCUUCCAUGUCUUACUCAUCCUUUGAGGUUGUAGUCGGCAAUAUGGAGAAGAACAGCACCGGAGACAAACCUCUGAAUCUUACCCUUAUGGCACCCGGACCUGGUUACACUUGUGGCCAAGUACAGGAUGUUAGUCCCACAGUGUCUUCUGUUAUUGGGGGAAGAAGAGAAGAGCAAGUAUUUAAGACAUGGAAAUCAACAUGCAUGUACUCCAGCUAUUUAGCCAGCAGGAUUCCAAUCUGUUGUGUUUCCCUGUCAACAUUUUACAAUCCAACCAUCACUUCAUGCCCUGAUUGUAGCUGCGGAUGUCGACCAGCUGACCAGCCCUCAGAGUCAUGCGUCAGAGCAGGUGCAAUUCCCUACACUUUGGCAAAAGCCGACCUAGUUCGAUGCACCGAUCAUAUGUGUCCUCUCCGGAUCCAUUGGCAUGUCAAGAACAACUAUCUCAGCCAUUGGAGGGUGAAGCUCACAGUAUCGAAUUACCACUACAGAAGAAAUUACACAGACUGGAAUGUAUUGGUCCAACACCCAGGCUUUGGCCAACCUUCUACUGCCUUCAGCUUCAACAGUACACUACUCCGAACAAUUGGAGUUUCAGAAGAUGUAGCUCUAUACUGGGGAAAUACCUUCAACAACACAGAACUAUUGGAGGCCGAUCCCUAUCAAAUGGGGUCAGUGACCACAGAGAUACUCUUGAAAAAAGACUUAAAAUCAUUCACUCUAAGCAAUGGAUGGGCUUUCCCAAGAACCAUAUAUUUCAAUGGUGAAAAUUGUAGGAUGCCUCCUCCAGACACCUUCCCAAUGCUGCCGAGUAGCUGCCACAGGUCAAUGCCACUCUCCUCCCACCUUCUACUCCUAAUUGCACUCUUCUUUAUCCACAGCUGCACAAUGAUUGUUAGGUUUUGAUGUAUGUGUGUGUAUAUAUAUGUAUGUAUCAUCCACCUUUACCCUCCAAUCUUUUU